AAGCCUCAGGUUUAGCCGUCCCAAUGUCAAAUCUCAAAUUUUCAGUUUGCUACUUCUUGGCAGCGGAUCGACCAACAGGUGUUCGCGAACCCGGUUAAAUGGGGGAGUACAGAUUUGAGGGCCGAGCCGCAAUAGUUUCAAACAGUUAUUUUGGGCCAACAUACUGCAACCCUAUGUUUGCCAUCUUCCCCGGUUUACCCACUCUCCGGGUUGUCGGACUGGAUGUUUGUGGAUUUAACCAAUCCUCAACCCAAGGCUCCAGUCAAUCAAUUUACAGAGACAUGAUGUCGAAGAUGAAGAAGCACGGCGAUAGGCAGAUUAGUGCUUGUGUCACGCAAGACCCCUCACACGACAGAGCUUUAUCCUUGUCUCUGCCUCUGCCAACUUCGAAUAGGCACGGGACGAAUAGACUUCACUGGGACACCUUGCCGACCGCCCAGGCUUGUCACAGGGAUACCCAAAUUUCGUACAGUACUCAGCAUGUUGGUGUGUUCACAAUGCGUGGAGCUCUCAGGUCGCAGUCACCUGCAUGUGCGGGCCAGGAGAGAUAUCAAAGUUCUAUAUAACGGCCUGAGUACUUCCCACUGUGAUCACACUAACCCCGGAAAGCUUCAAAUCACUGACAGCAUUCUGCUCUAAUUUCCCCUGGGAAGAAGUACAGGUGACAGAAAAAGAAACCUCCAACUACCCAGAUAUUGCAUUCGGCAAAGCCAAAGGAGCGAAAUACACCGGCCCCAGAUGCAAAGUCGCACCUGGCGAUGCCGGCUGGCCUUCAACCGAGGAUUGGGACAGAUUUAACCGUACCCUAGGAGGCGUGCUGCUCAAGCCUGUCCCGCCUGGCGCGUCGUGCUACCCGGGUCCCCACCAAGACGCCGAAAAGUGCAACUACCUCCUCACCUGGGCGAGAACAAGCAGGUUCUACA